UGGUGCCCCUGGGACCCGGGAGGAAGGCUUCGCAGCAGAGCCUCUGCGUUAUCAGGAGCCGGAGAGCUCCCCGACCAACGAAGCUGCAGCGCAGAGGCAGCCAGGGCCCCGAGCGGCUCUGAGGGAGGGGGCCCUGUGGCCAAAGGGACGGAGGCUCCGUUCCCCCGAGGCCGAGGGGGGAAGGCCGGGGCCCUCUGCCCUGCCUCCCGCCACAGAUCGACCGCUGGCUCUUCGUUCGGGCGGCUCUUUCCGGCGCCGUUCCUCCCUGAGCCUCCAGGGGGCAGCCGAGAGAGUGAGGCCGCUCUAGGCGGGCGUCUCGCUGCGCUUCCGGCGCGUUGCCCCACUUCCGGCGGAGGCAAGGCGCAGCAUGGCGGCGGAGGAUGCGAGCUUCGCGGAGCUGGGCCUGGACCCGCGGCUCCUCCAGUCGGUGGCGGCGCUGGGCUGGCGGCGCCCGACGCUGAUCCAGGCGGAGGCGGUCCCUCUGGCGCUGGAGGGGAAGGACGUCCUGGCGCGGGCGCGGACGGGCUCCGGGAAGACGGGCGCCUUCGCCCUGCCGCUGCUCCACCGCAUCCUCCGCGCCAAGGAGGCAGCGGCGUCCUCGGCCUCCCAGGCGGUGCGCGGCCUGGUGCUGGUUCCAACGCGGGAGCUGGGCCAACAGGCGACACAGAUGCUCCGGGGGCUCUCUGCCUGCUGCGCGCGGGACCUGCGGGUGGCCGACCUCUCUGGACCCCAGGACCUGGCUGCCCAGCGGCCCAUCUUGAUGGAGAAGCCAGACGUUGUGGUGGGGACCCCUUCGCGGGUCCUGGCUCAUCUGCAAGGACCCAGCCUGAGCCUGCAAGAGUCCCUGGAAGUCCUGGUCAUGGAUGAGGCUGAUCUGCUCUUCUCCUUCGGCUUUGAAGAAGACCUGAAGAGCCUGCUCUGCCAUUUACCGAAGAUCUAUCAGACUUUCGUUAUGUCAGCUACCUUCAACGAGGAUGUACAGGCACUUAAGGAGCUGGUGCUGCACAACCCUGUGAUCCUCAAACUCCAAGAAUCGCAGCUGCCAGACAGCUCCCAGCUGAGCCAAUUCCAGAUCCAGUGUGAGACAGAAGAGGACAAGUUUUUGCUUCUCUACGUACUGCUGAAGCUUUCAUUGGUGCGGGGCAAACUCAUCCUCUUUGUCGGCACCAUUGAGCGGUGCUACCGCCUCAAGCUCUUCUUGGAGCAGUUCAGCAUCCCAGCCUGUGUCCUUAACUCAGAGCUGCCUGUCAAGUCCCGGUGCCAUAUCAUCAGCCAGUUCAACAAGGGUUUCUAUGACUACAUCAUUGCGACAGAUGAGCAGGACCUGGUGGAUGCAGAAGGGCUAAAAGAAGGGAGAAGGAGGAAGAAGAGCCGCAGCAAGAGCGCAAGAGGAGAGAAAAGCAGAGAUCAGGAGUAUGGAAUUUCACGUGGCAUUGACUUCCAGAACGUUUCUGCGGUCCUCAACUUUGACGUCCCUCCCUCCGUUGAGUCCUACAUCCACCGCGCAGGGAGGACGGCCCGUGCGGACAAUCCAGGCACCGUCCUGACUUUCGUUUCACCUUCUGAGCGCCCGCUGCUGGGCACGAUUGAGUCGGCGCUCACAGGAGAUAGCACUGAAACCCCAUUGCAGCCUUACCAGUUCCGAAUGGAUGAGGUUGAGGGUCUUCGCUACCGUUGUCAGGAUGCCAUGCGCUCGGUCACCAAGCAGGCUAUCAAGGAGGCUCGUCUCCGGGAGAUCAAGGAGGAGUUGCUCAACUCUGAAAAGCUGAAGACCUACUUUGAGGACAACCCCCGGGAUUGGGACCUGCUCCGCCAUGACAAGCCCCUGCACCCAGCUGUUGUGAAGGCCCACUUGCGCAAUGUGCCAGAGUACCUGAUGCCCCCCACCCUCCGGGCAGUUGCUCGGCCCCUCUUGGGGAAGCAGAAGCGGCUCCCUCCUCGCGGCAACAAGGGCCAGAAGAAUCCCCUGUGCAGUUUUAGUUCUGCCAAGCAGAGGCGGCAAACAUCAGCCACCAAAUCCACGGCUGUCCCUGGUCCCUCUGACCCUUAACACCUCCCCUGCAUUGAGGGUGGCCCUUGGAGGGGACAGAACCCUUGGGCAGACCAGGCAAGGUGAGGAGACCUGUGGGACAAGGACCAGAUAGUGGCGCGCUUCUCACCUGUCCACUCAGCAGACAAUCUGGACUGAACCCCUUCUGUCUCAGAGAGAGUUGGAAACAAGGAGGCCUUGGGCCACCGGGGACAUUUUUGCAUUAACAAGGCUCCUUUUUGUCUUGUG